AUGAUAUUCGUCUACCUGUCCUUCCUGGCCGUCGAUAUCUACACAACCAAUUUUCUAGCGACGUCUGAGACCACCUCCGAGACGAUCCAAGCGAACUUGUUUCUUCUCUUCGACGGAUUCGUGAUACUGAUGAUGUACGCCCUUUCGUACACAAGAUUCAUCCUGCUCCAGAAGUUGACCGCAGUUACGCGGGUGUUGUCCCAGGAGGAUUUCAACGAUAUGGCGAAGCUUUUCCACACGAAAGACAUCUUUGGUAUCGUGUUGUUGCUUGUGCAUAUACCGAAUUGUUACAAGGGGAUCACGCUCAGCACGUUACAAUGCAUGACUACUCUGUACAUAGUGAUGGUGCAUUACGCGUUGGACAUGUUCUACAUGAACUGUGUUUGUUUAUUGAGAGCCUGUUUCAAACGUAUCAACGAAGAUCUGAAUGAGCUGAACAAACCGUUGGUUAACCUUCAUUCGAGUGCGUCACGGGUAGAGCAGAAACAUGGCAAGAGCCUUUUAUUAUUGAUGAAGUUGAAACACUUAGAAGAUUUGCAUCUGCAGAUCAGUGACGUUGUCGAGAUAUUGAAUAAAACGUUUCUCGCGCGUAUCGUCGUCAUGACAGUCUCCACGUUUACUGUUGUCACAUUUAACGUAUACUUCUAUCUCCUCUGGAGCGGUGGCGGAUUUGCAUCGAGUCUGGGGCAACAGUUUUGGUACAUUCGGUAUGUUUCAGCCGCGUUGUACUAUUUAUUGAAAUUCUCGCUCGUGAUUUGGGCCUGCCAGACCGCGACGAAUCAGGCCAAGGAGAUCGGCACCACCAUUCACGAUGUUCUUAGCAAGUGCACCGACGGUACUCUGAAGCGUGAGUUGAGAUUAUUCUCUUUGCAAGUGUUACAUCGGGAUAAUACGUUCUCCGCAAGGGCAGUCAUUAUGAACACGAAGCUUCUAGCGCAGAUAAUAGGCGGUAUUUUGAUGUAUAUCAUGAUACUGCUUCAAUUCUUCCUGAACUCCGUAGUCUGUAAACUGAAGUAUGAUUAA